AGUACCUCUCUCACUGUGACCGACCACAGCAAGUACACACACACACACACACACACACACACACACACACACCCGAGGAAAGAGGAAGAAAACAAAAGCUGCUGCUCAUGGAAGGUACAAAGGAUUCCAAUGUGAAAAGAUUCUGCUCCCAACAUAUCCUGGUGAUCCUCGGUUUCUCCUCUGUCAUUGCUGUGACAGCUUUGAUUGCUGUGGGGCUGAGCCAGAACAAACCGCUGCCAGAAAAUUUUAAGUAUGGGAUUGUGCUGGAUGCAGGAUCGACUCACACAAAUUUGUACAUCUACAAGUGGCCAGCCGAGAAGAAGAACAACACAGGGGUGGUGCAGGAGGUGGAAGAGUGUAAAGUGAAAGGCCCGGGCGUGGCAAAAUACAGUAAUAAAUUACAUGCUCUAGAAACAUACCUGAUUGCAUGCAUGGAAAGGUGCAAGAAUGUGGUUCCACGGUCCCUGCACCCAGAGACGCCUGUGUACCUGGGAGCUACAGCCGGCAUGCGGCUACUCAGAAUGCAAAAUGAACACUUGGCACACAGUGUCCUGGAUGAAGUGGCGAAAUCCCUUAGCGAAUACUCCUUUGACUUCCAGGGUGCCAGGAUCCUCAGUGGCCAAGAAGAAGGCGCCUAUGGCUGGAUUACUAUCAACUAUCUGCUGGGGAAAUUUGUGGAGAAAUCGAAAUGGCUCGGCCUAAUGGCAGGAGAAAGACAGAGCACCUUUGGAGCUAUGGACCUCGGGGGGGCUUCUACACAGAUCACGUUUGCACCUGAAAGCCACACUGCUGAGUCCCCAGAUAACUUUAUAAAUUUUCGCCUUUAUGGUAAGGACUACAGCGUGUAUACACACAGCUUCUUGUGCUAUGGGAAGGAUGAAGCGCUCCAGCAGAAACUGGCCAAGGACAUUGAGGUUUCAAGUAAUGGAAUCCUCAAGGACCCAUGCUUUCACCUUGGUUAUGCGAAGCUUGUGAAUGUUAGUAAGCUUUACACGUCUCCCUGCGCAAAGAGAUAUGAAAAGACUCUGCCGUUUGAUGAGUUUCAAAUCCAGGGUACUGGAAACUACCAACAGUGCAGGCAAAGCGUCCUUGAGCUCUUCAAUACCAGUUACUGCCCGUACAGCCAGUGUGCCUUCAACGGGAUUUUCUUGCCACCAGUUAAAGGAAAUUUUGGGGCAUUUUCAGCUUUCUACUUUGUGAUGCAAUUUUUAAACUUGACAUCAACGAAAGUCAUCUCUCAGGAAAUGAUGAGUGAGACAAUGAGAAAGUAUUGCUCUAGGCCUUGGCAGGAGGUAAGGACAUCUUUUCCUGAAGUGCACGAGAAGUUCCUCAGUGAAUACUGCUUUGCGGGUACCUACAUCCUCUCCCUCCUCCUGCAAGGCUAUCAUUUUACAGACAGUUCCUUUAAGGACAUUGAAUUUAUGCGCGAGAUCGAGGGCAACAGCGCUGGAUGGACCUUGGGCUACAUGCUGAACCUGACCAACAUGAUCCCAGCUGAGCAGCCAGUGACUGCCCCUCUCUCCCACUCCACCUAUGUCUUCCUCAUGGUCCUCUUCUCCCUAAUACUGGCUGUAGCGCUCAUCAUAGGCUUGGUUGUGUUUAAAAAUCCUUCAUAUUUCUGGAAAGAAAUGGUAUAGCAGGAGCAGCUGAAGCCCACUUUCCGGAGUGGGGAAAAUAUUUGCCCAGGGAGACUUUCCUCCACACAGCUGCGUCCAAGGUCCUCCUUCCCUACCUGCUAGGACCAGUGUUGACCAGCAUGAAACGCCUUUGGCUUUUGCUGAAGACUGUAUCUGGGAGAUACUGACCACCUUCUGGUUCAAGGAUUUCCGGGCAAACACGGUCUCUUCUGUGAGUCUUUCUGAGCUCCUUUCUUUUGCCUUUGUACUCUGUGUUCCUGUAAGUCGUAAAGACUUGCCACCUUUCAUGAUUUUUGCCUUAUAAAAGAACAAUAUUGACUUUGCCUAGAAGA